AUCUCACUUUUCAACCCGCCAUGAUCACUACUGAAGUUGAUAGCCUCUGGCUAUUCGGUUUAUUCUCAAAAUCCAAAGAAUUCCAUUCUUUUCAUUCUCAAGCUUCUUCUUUUCUCUUCUUAACAAUUUCUCUAUGUCUUUCCAUGUCCUUUCUUUACUGGCUUUUCCCCGGCGGCCCUGCAUGGGGAAACCAUUAUCUAAGAAUGGUCUUCUUUGGUUCGUAUAAACCGAUUCCAGGACCAAAAGGGUUACCUUUUAUCGGGAGCAUGUCUCUCAUGUCUGGCCUAGCCCAUCAUCGUAUUCGAGACGCCGCGAUUAGGUUUGGAGCCGAGCGUUUGAUGGCGUUUAGUCUUGGGGAAACCAGAGUAAUCGUGACGUGCAAUCCUGAUGUUGCUAAGGAUAUUCUAAACGGUUCUGUUUUUCUUGACAGGCCUGUUAAGGUCUCUGCUUAUGGUCUUAUGUUUAAUAGAGCAAUUGGGUUCGCUCCACAUGGGUUGUAUUGGCGAACACUUAGGAGAAUCUCGGCUUCUCAUUUGUUUUGUCCUAAGCAAAUCAAAUCGUAUGAGGCUCGGAGGUUCGAGAUUGGUGAUCGGUUGGUGACCAUGUUUAAGGGGAGAGGAGGAGAGGAAGUUUCGGUUCGGGAUGUCUUGAAACGUGCUUCGCUUAGUAACAUGAUGUGGUCGGUGUUUGGAUUUGAUUAUCGAAUUGACAUGGAAUCAGUUGAAGGAGAUGAGUUGAGGGGGCUUGUGGAUGAAGGACAUGAACUUCUUGGAACUUUCAAUUGGUCGGAUCAUCUUCAUUGGCUGGCGGAUUUGGACCUGCAAAAGGUUCGGGUCAGGUGCUCUGAGCUUGUGGUUAGGGUUAACCGGUUCGUGAGCCGAAUCAUUGAAAAACAUCGGGCGGAACGAGGUCAUAUGAAUCGGGAUUUCGUUGAUGUGUUGUUGUCUCUUGAGGGUGGGCCAGAUCAAUUGUCGGAGUCUGAUAUGAUCGCUGUUCUUUGGGAAAUGAUUUUUAGAGGAACGGAUACGGUUGCGGUUUUGAUCGAGUGGGUAUUAGCUAGAAUGGUCCUUCACCCUGAUGUUCAAUCAAGGGUUCAAGAUGAACUCGAUAGGGUCGUUGGGAAGUCAAGUUCGGUCAAAGAGUCUCACAUAACCGACAUGGUCUAUCUGCCCGCGGUCGUGAAAGAGGUCCUCAGGCUCCACCCGCCGGGCCCACUUCUAUCGUGGGCCCGUCUUUCCAUAACCGAAACUAAGAUAGACGGUUACGUGGUGCCUGCGGGGACUACGGCGAUGGUCAACAUGUGGGCCAUCAUGAGGGACCCAAAAGUGUGGACGGACCCACUUGAGUUUAGGCCGGAAAGGUUCAUGGGUUUGGACGGGUCAGAUGUGAAGUUAUCGGUUAUGGGGUCGGACUUGAGGAUUGCACCGUUUGGGUCCGGGAGGAGAAUGUGUCCGGGUAAGUCAUUGGGCUUGACCGUGGUCACGUUUUGGGUGGCAACACUUUUGUAUAAGUUCAAGUGGAUGGUUUCGUCGGGUCGGAAGGCGAAUGACCUAGACGAGGUCCUAAGGUUGUCUAGCGAAUUGGCGAACCCUCUUACCGCAAAGUUACAUGAUCGGAAUCCUCAAAGUUAUGUGACAUAAUGUUUUCGAGAGUUGCAUGUUUAUGGAUUAGAUUGGAUUGGAUUUGAUAUUUUCUUUUGAUCUUUCUCUUUUUCAUUUGUAAAAAUGAAGUUGUUUCUUAGUUGGCUUUAUGCUAAGUUAAAUGAACUAAGGUGGAUUAUAUAGUGUA